CAAGGGUGGCUCUCUGCGUUGCGUCGGAGGCGCUUGGCGAAGAAGCUGCUUCUUCACUUCAAUCCCCGUAAGAAACAAGAAACGCCAACUAAUGGGUUAUUUCUUUUGCCUUCUUUCGUUUUCUGUUUUGGGUUAAAGAUCGCGUUUUUAAUCGGGAGAAUCGCCAUAGCCUUCAUUUCUAGUUUUCGGACACGAAGCGAAAACGGUGGGACUCGAGAGAGAAUUACGUGAGACACGCGUGUACGGAAGUGGGUUUUGUUGACGGUGAAAACGGGGUGGAAGGACGAAGCUUUCUUUUUCUUUUUCCUUUCCCCCUUCGUUCUCUUCGCCGAGUUCUCCCCCCCCGUUGCGAAUUCAAUUCAGCUCUCUGUUGCAUCUUUUGGAUGGCACGAGCAGAUGCGGACAAAGAGCACUCGAGAUCGACGUGCCCCGCGUUGAAUAAUCCGCCGAAUUGAAAGUCGAGUGCAUCUCUUUCCCACUUUUCGAUCUUUGUUUGUCCUUGUUCCUUGAACAGUUUGGUUUGAUGGGGUUGAUAUAAAGGAAGACGACGAACACCGUGUUUUCAAAGUUGGGUCUUGGUUUUUGCAUGUUUUUGACUAAUCUUCCACGCGGUUCUUGAAAUCAUAAACCCUGUCAAGGCGAAACCUGUGUUCAAUUCAACCUGUGUAGUUGCCUAGGAACGGGGUGUUCAAUUCAACCUGUGUUCUUUAUCUGCCCUGAGCGUUGAGCUAAACUUAGUGAAUAGAGAGGAAGAGAUGGGGGAGACCUCUGAAGAGAUGACUAAUAAUGUUUACUCAAAUGGGUCGAUUCAGAGUAUUAAUGGGUCUCUCGAAGAGAAGCUGGAUGAGCUCCGUUGCCUCAUGGGAAAAUCAGACGGUGAUCCGCUCAGGAUUGUUGGCGUCGGAGCUGGUGCUUGGGGCAGUGUUUUUACUGCUAUGUUGCAAGAUACUUAUGGUCACUUGAGGGAGAAAGUUCUGAUUCGUAUUUGGAGGAGGCCCGGAAGAUCAAUCGAUAAAGCCACGGCCGAGCAUUUGUUCGAAGUGAUCAAUUCGAGGGAGGAUGUGUUGAGGCGGCUCAUUAGGAGGUGCGCAUACUUGAAGUAUGUUGAGGCGAGAUUAGGUGACAGGACAUUGUUUGCGGACGAGAUUUUGAAAGACGGGUUCUGCUUGAACAUGAUCGACACCCCUCUUUGCCCUAUGAAGGUCGUCACCAGUUUGCAGGAGGCUGUGUGGGAUGCCGACAUCGUAGUGAAUGGGUUGCCAUCAACAGAGACCCGCCAGGUGUUUGAGGAAAUUAGUAGGUAUUGGAAAGAAAGGAUUACAAUGCCUGUUAUCAUAUCCUUGGCAAAGGGUGUGGAGGCAGAGUUGGAGACUGAGCCCCGUGUGAUUACUCCCACCCAAAUGAUUAAUCGAGCAACUGGAGUGCCACUAGAGAACAUUUUAUACCUCGGAGGACCAAAUAUUGCCUCAGAGAUAUACAACAAGGAAUAUGCCAAUGCUCGAAUAUGUGGAUCUGCAAAGUGGAGGAAGCCUUUGGCAAAGUUUUUGAGGCAGACCCACUUUAUAGUGUGGGACAAUGGAGACCUUGUUACUCAUGAAGUUAUGGGUGGUUUAAAGAAUGUUUAUGCCAUUGGAGCAGGUAUGAUUGCAGCUCUGACAAAGGAAAGUGCCACCAGCAAAGCAGUAUAUUUUGCACAUUGUACGUCAGAGAUGAUAUUCAUCACACAUCUGUUGGCAGAGGAACCUGAGAAACUUGCUGGGCCUUUAUUGGCAGACACAUACGUAACUCUGUUGAAGGGUCGUAAUGCAUGGUAUGGACAAAAGUUAGCUUGUGGGGAGCUGAAACUUGAGAUGGGUGAUAAUAUCAAGGGGAAGGGGAUGAUUCAGGGAGUCUCGGCCGUGAAAGCCUUUUACGAGCUGCUGAGUGAGCCAUGCUUAAGUGUGCUGCAUCCCGAAGAAAAGAAACCAGUUGCUCCUGUGGAGCUGUGCCCAAUCUUGAAGAAGCUAUACAAAAUUCUUAUUCUGAGGGAGUUCCCACCAGAAGCUAUUCUUCAAGCAUUGAGGGAUGAAUCCAUGAACGAUCCUCGAGAUCGCAUCGAGAUAGCUCAAAGCCAUGCAUUCUACAGGCCAUCGCUUCUCGGGCAACAGCCUUGAUAAGAUGCACUUCCAUCUGCAUGCAGUUGCAGCCAUUUUUGGUACUGGACUGAAUAUCAAUGGGAAUUAGAUGGUCCCUCGUCGCUUGUAAUUUUCUAAAAUGGUGGUCGUUGGGAAUGUGUUGUGUGUCAACUGGGAUCUGUUACCUUUGUACUAAUCCAUCUCUAAAUGGGUGAUUAGCAUGUUGUGAUGCAUCUAUGCCUGUUAGAGUAAGGCUUGUUUGGAGGGAGUUAAGAAAAUGGCCCGGUUGGCAAGGUAGGUUAGGAAUUGUACGGUCAUUAUCAACUUUCUUAGAUUGAAGUUUUUGAUUAAAGAGUGGAAGCAAAUUGAAAAGUCA